GAAGAUUUUUACCUCCAGAUGCUAUGUCCCCCAACCCGGAGACCGCGUGGAAAGGGGUACCAGCGAGCACCACAUGGAGCGCCAUGGUCGCCAAGGAGGAAGCCGAGUGGCCUCCAGAGCUACCUGAGGAGCCCAUGCGGUGGAAGCUGCUGAUUGUAGUCAUUGACUGCAGCUACGGUCCUCGGCUACACAAUCCUCCCAGGUCCAUCCGCGCUUUGAAAGCCAAGCUGGCGGCGGCCUUGGGCAUCGAGGCUCUCUCAAAGCAGUCGGGGACUGGCGGUGCGGAGGCAGCCUCCGCUCAAGCCAUCGUGACCGGCAUAGAGGGCCCGCAGCGACAUCUCAUUGAGCAGGAUGAUGACCUUUGCGGAUUUUGGGAUAGAGUGGCAACAAACCCCGGCCUCAACGAGGACCAUGAAGAGUCUCGGCGUGCGAGCAAGACCUUGAUGAUUCCUGGGUUGGCUGGAACUAUGACGACCACUUGGGGCUCGUCUCAUCCCGUGCCAACACGCAGCUCUUCACGCUCUUCACAGCCAAACCAGCCUAUGCCAGUGAGUGGUUUCGGCAUGGUGCCCGUCAAAUCCUUGGUUGCCGAGAUGCGAAGCAACUCCCAGCUCGGUUCCAUUCCCGUGCAGUCUCAUGCACGAAAUGGCGAGCACAGAUCCAGUUCAGGUGGGGCUGUUGACACAUCUGCUUUUGAAGCGCGGAUCCAUGAUCUGGAGGAGCAAUGCGAGGAGGCCGAAGCGAAGCUCACCACCUGCAUGCAGCAGCUGGAGUCCAGCACUGCAGAGCUGGAGAUGGCGCAGCACGAGGUGGCCAGCGAGCGGAUGGCCCACGCUGCCUCCCAGGAGAAAGUGGCGCAGUUGGAGGAGUUGAGUGCGCAAUUGCAGGAUCAGAAUUUGGGAUUUAUCAAGACCUUUGAAGAGCAGCUUGAGACAUCCAGAAGAGACAUCAAGCAGGAGAUGAGCGAGCAGUACCAAGCGGUGCUUGACGCCCAAGCCAAGAAGGUUCACGAGGCUGAAGGCAAUGCCAAGCGACUAGAAGGCCAACUCCGGGUCACGCUCGACAAGAUCAAGGACCUGGAAGCGGCUCUUCGACAAGAGCGCAGUAAUGCGAGAAGGAGCGAGGCAGCUUUGGCCGGCGAGCAUGCCAAGAUAGAGGAGAUGACAGCCAAGAUUCAGAGCCAGGCGGCUCGGCUUCGCCAGCUGGAGUACUAUGCCAACUCCUGGGAAAGGAAGGUUCAUGAGCUGGCGGAGGCAAAUGCCAUCAAGGUUCUCACGGAGCCGAACAACGUUCACACGUUCAGAGUCUCCAACUUCUCGAGGUUGCGGUUGUGGCCCAAAGGCCGGAUGGUGCAAAGCCCGGAGUUCAAGAUCUCACAGUUGGGGGACACUCAGAUCGAGUUCUUCCCUGCCGGGGAGGUGAACUCCCGGCCUGGCUGGUGCUCCUUGAGGCUGAGAAUACCCGACGGCACUCGUCUUCGUUGGAGGGUCAAGAUCGGAUCAAGAGACUUCGACGUGAGGGAUGAUCAUUACGAUUCUCGGCAGUGGUGGAACAGGUACGGCAUCCAGUGCUUGAACCUCUGCCAGGCAGAAGAACUCCUACCAGAAGUUCUUCCUGAAUCAGAUUCUGUCUUGAUAGGUAUGGAGGUCUUGGAGGUGAUCUCCAAACCGGUGAUCUUGAAUGCAUUUGCUGCCGAUGAGAUGCUCGAGGUUCCGCGGCGGCCUGGUACAGCCCCGCAGCGUCAAGUGGAAAGUCCACAGCUUCCGCCGCAGGCUCCUCCCCAGGUCACGGUGCCAAGCGCUCCUUUGGUAAAGAGGGAAACAGCUCGCUCGCAGCCACAGCUGCCGAAACCUGCCCACGCACUUGCAGCGGGGACGGCUUCAGCCGCUGCGGCAGCUGCUGCCUUCGCAGUGAAGAGCGGCAACUUGCCUCCAGCGGUUGCUGCCAGCCGCGGAUUGCAUAGGCAACGAAGCUAUAGCUCUGUGAGAGCAAGCGUGCCUUGAGCCGUGUUAUCCCACGAAAUCAUGGCGACUUGCUUUUGAAUUUGCUCCCCAAAGUUUUAUCACAUUCCGUCAGCUGCUGCUUGAGGAUGCUGACAACUCACAUCCCAGCAGAUUUUUACGUGUUUCACGGGAAGCCACACCUCCCGUUUGCCAAUCAGCUGUGACGGGAAAUCGAAGCCAC